AUGGCUGGAUCUUCCAAGACAAUCAGAAAGGAAGGGAACAUGCCCGUCGAGCAUGAAUGCCCGCUGAAUCUUCUUCCUCGCGAUAUAUGGGUGAGGAUUGCCACUAAGGUUGCAUCGAAUUCGAUUCAUGAUCUGUUCAACAUGCAGGCGACUUGCAAGGUGUGUUUGGAUGCAGCGAGUUCAGAAGCUGUGUACCAACAUGCGAUGAUGUGGUAUAUACCGUUAGUGUCCUUUUUAUUUUACCUUGAUCGACCGGAAAGGAGGUUCCUCGAUCGCUGCAUUGAAGCAGAAAAUGUGGAUGCUAUACUCUGGCAGGGGUUGGCGGAGUAUUUCUGGAUUGCCCGCCGUGGCAUUGGGAUGGAACUGCUUUUUAGGGCCUCGACGGAGGGCAGCAUCGACGCAGGUUACCUGUUUGCAAUGUUGCUACUGUGUGAUCACGAAGACGAAGAAGAACUACAAAUGGAUGUUGAAAUGGAGUUCUUCACGGACAUUUUCUGGGAGCGAUGGGUUGAUGAGAGACCAUCGGAUCCGGGACAUGCCGUGGCUUGUCGGUCCACAACUUGCACUACCCGCGGCACCAUUCCUGGUGUGAAUGAUGUGUCCCGUGUCUCGUGUGUAUACUACCUGGCGGAUUAUGAGGUCAGGGUUUUCUUGGAGAUGAUUAGAUUUUAG